AUGUUUGAAGUGCUGAAUGGAACAUUCGCUUACAUACCAAGGAGCUUUGGAGAUAAUCAGCAGAAACAAACACUCAUAAGUUUGGUCCGACGCUACUAUGAAGAUGGACUAGACAACUUUAUUGAUUCUGAUAUUAGAGAUCAAGUAAACAUUCGUUCCUUCCAUAUAUUUAAGGAAAUUGCGUAUCAAUGCAUUAGCUGGAACUUAGAGGAUCGCCCUACAAUGAAAACGAUCAUCAAGAGGAUUCAGGAAGCACUGGAUAUUCAAAAUCCCGAAGCAUCUUCAACCAUUAAUACAGCACCAAGCCACCAGCAUCAAAGCCUUGAAAGCUCUGCUCAUCAUCGAAAGAGCAUUGGUGAUGAUAGACCAAAGACUCUCGUAAAUUUGGUUCGGCACCACUAUGAUGAUCAAAGACUGGACGUCUUGAUUGAUCCUCUUAUACAUGAUCAAGUUCAUAGCCAGUCUUUUCGUUUGUUUAUAAGGAUUGUGUAUCGAUGCAUUAGUUUGAAUUUAGAGGAUCGCCCUACAAUUAAAAGGAUUGUAAAGAGGAUUGAGGAAGCACAAGAUAUACAAAACCACUACGAAGCAGCUUCUACCAUAGCCACACAAAGCAUCCAACAUCAAAACCUCGAAAGUUUUCGAAUUUCACUAAAGGAGAUCAACUUGGCCAUCAAAGACUUUAGUCAAGAAACUCCUAUUGGAGAUGGUGGAUAUGAACUUGCAUGGCGGUGUAUAAGCUUAACCUUGCGGGAACGACCUACAAUGGAAACAAUCAUCGAGGGAAUUGAUGCAAUUGAAUUUCAAGUAAGUACAUUUCCUUAA